AUGAAGCAAGUGCAGCUUGAGAAGGCUCUGCAAGCCAUCCGUAUCCCUAAGAUCGUACAGAAGCUUAUGAGCAGGCAUGGCAAAGUGGAGAACGGCAGUAGAAGGAGAAGCAAAACAAAGCAGCGUGACGAAGCAGGAAGAGUGGAGGAGAACAAAAGGAUGAAGAGGGGAACGGAGAGAGAUAUGAGGGAUCAAACCUGGCUUCUCAAAAGAAGGGAAGCAGAGGGCUCGAAAAGCAAUGCAGGUAAAGUAGAGGGAAGGCAAAUGGGACGACGGCAAGAGAAGCAAAGCAGAUAUUUGUGCCGAAUAGAAGCGACGGGAGGGGUUUCUCCGUGUCAGAAGAAGGCCAAUCAGAAACAGAAACGAGAACAAGGCAAACGAAUAACAGUUGUGGGAUUUGACUCUAAGAACAGUUACUUGCUGCUUGUUCUUUUAAGGUAA